AUGCGCACCACCACCCUGUUCGCGAGCAUCGCGCUCGCUGCAGCCUCCGUUAGCGCACAGUCUAGCAAAGGCAACUUAGGCUUUGCUCUCGGCACGAAAAAGCCUGACGGCAGCUGCAAGUACACCCAGGACUACGAAGACGACUUCUCCGCCAUCCAGGCCGCCUCUGGCUCCACGCUCGUCCGCGGCUAUGCCGCCAGCGACUGCAACUGCGCUCAGCAGAUCCUGCCCGCCGCUAAGAACAAGGGUUUCAAGGUCAUCUUGGGCGUAUGGCCCGAUGUCGAAGAAAGCUACAACGCCGACAAGCAGGCCUUGACCACCUAUGCUACCCAAUACCCCGAUCAGGUCUACGCCGUCACCGUCGGCAGCGAGACGCUCUACCGUGGUAAUUUCACCGGCGAGCAGUUGCUCGAGAAGAUCAACGACAUCAAGUCUGUCCUCCCCAACAUCAAGGUCGGCACAGCAGACAGCUGGAACAAGAUCGCCGAUGGUACGGCCGAUGCCGUGAUCAAAGGCGGUGUCGAUCUCAUCCUCGCCAACGCCUUUAGCUACUGGCAGGGCAAGGAAGUCGGCGCUGGCGCCACUUACACCUACUUCGACGAUGUCCAGCAAGCUCUCGGCCGCGUCCAGUCCAUCUCUGGUUCGCUCGACAAGAUCGAGUUCUGGAAUGGCGAGACCGGCUGGCCUACUGAUGGCGGCACUAACUACGGCCCUGCUACUGCUAGCACCCAGCUUGCAAGCGAGUUCUACAGCCAGGCGGUCUGUGGUCUGCUUGACUGGGGUGUCAAUGUCUUCUACUUCGAGGCCUUCGACGAGCCAUGGAAGCCAGUCAGCAUUGGUGACAACGGCAGCAAGCAGGAUGAGACGCACUGGGGUGCUAUGAAUGCGGACCGCAGCGCGAAGUUCUCGCUCAAGUGCUAG